UUGCGCAAUCGCGAGUUGUAGGAGUUGAAAGCGUUGUCGAGGCGUGAGUCAGAGGCGACGGGCACGGCGAGGCGGCAGGCGCCUGGGCGACCUGCCCGCCAUGGACUAACGCCAGUCCAGCGUCGCGGCAUCUGUCUGUCCACCCGUAUAUUAAGUCAACAUGACGGUGUUGAACGAAUGGGUGGCGGGAACGCGCCUAGGCGGCUGGGUGCAACGCUGUCGAGAGUCCCGCCGCCUCGUGCUAGUAAUAGUAGCAAUAGCACUUCUCCUGGACAACAUGUUACUGACCACUGUGGUGCCCAUCAUCCCAGAAUUCAUCUACGACAUCAAUCACCCCGACGCACCCUUGGAUAUGGUACUUAAAAGUAAAACAACUCCUCCACCUGUAACCACAACUGUAGCAUAUCCUCCGUGCGAACCACGUCCAGACAUAAGAACACCCUCCCAGUACGAAGAAACGAACACAACUCCAACGGAGUUCACAAGCAAUUUUACCACGUUAGAUCCCGAAGUGCAAAGACAUGAAGAUCUGGUUGGAGAAACUGUUGCCGUGGGGAUAAUGUUUGCCUCGAAGGCAUUUGUGCAGUUAUUGGCUAACCCAUUUGUUGGCCCUUUAACUCACAAAAUAGGCUACACCAUUCCCAUGUUUGCAGGAUUCAUCAUCAUGUUCCUUUCAACGCUAAUUUUUGCCUUUGGACGAACCUACAGUGUAUUAUUUUUGGCAAGAGCGUUGCAAGGUAUUGGAUCUUCGUGCUCUACAGUAUCCGGAAUGGGAAUGUUAGCCGAACGAUAUCCUGAUGAUAAAGAGCGCGGAAACGCAAUGGGCGUAGCACUUGGUGGAUUGGCAUUGGGCGUGCUAAUCGGACCACCAUUUGGUGGUUUUAUGUACGAAUUUGUAGGCAAAACGGCUCCAUUUUUGGUUCUCUCAAUCCUUGCUCUUGGAGAUGGACUUUUACAGUUACUUAUGCUACAACCUACUGUUGUACGCCAAGAAACAGACGCGCCAUCGCUAAAAUCGUUGGUAUCGGAUCCCUAUAUAAUUAUCGCAGCAGGCGCAAUUACUUUCGCCAAUACGGGUAUUGCAAUGUUGGAGCCAUCAUUACCUAUAUGGAUGAUGGACACAAUGUCAGCCGGUAGAUGGAAACAAGGCGUUACGUUUUUACCGGCUAGUAUAUCCUAUUUAAUUGGUACCAAUCUUUUCGGACCAUUGGGCCACAGAAUGGGCCGGUGGCUUGCAGCUUUAAUAGGAUUAGUUACAAUCGGCAUUUGUCUUAUGUGUAUACCGCUAGCGACAAAUAUAAACCACCUAAUAGUACCAAAUGCCGGUUUAGGCUUUGCAAUUGGAAUGGUAGAUAGCUCAAUGAUGCCAGAACUUGGAUUUUUGGUUGAUAUUCGACAUUCGGCCGUGUAUGGAAGCGUUUACGCAAUCGGAGACGUCGCGUUUUGUCUUGGUUUUGCCAUUGGUCCAGCUUUAAGUGGCACGUUAGUAAAAACCAUUGGGUUUGAAUGGAUGCUGUUUGGUAUUGCCAUUAUUACGUUCAUGUAUGCUCCACUUCUCAUUAGUUUAAGGAAUCCUCCGACAAAAGAGGAGAAAAAGUCCUUAAUAUUGGGAGAAAAAUCAUCAGUUCGAUAUGUAACAUACCAAAAUGAAGAAGACGACGAAUAAGUAAAUUUUGUAAGAUAAACUGUGGAUACCUAUAUAAGAAAUGGACAUAACAUAGUUUUUAAAUUAUUUGCAACAUUGUUGAUUAGUAGUCUAAGUCAUUGUGAUUACGUACCAUAUGUUGUAAAGUACACGCUCUGUACGCAAAUAUGUUGUUUACAGAUGGGAAUGCGACUAGUGAACAAAUUUCCAAAUUUAUUAGGGAUCUCCGUCUUGGAUUGUUGUGAAUGGCUGCACUCAACCCUUUCUCCUCGAGAGAGAUGGAGCAAUAAGGUGUCCCUUGAAGUUUUGAUUAAAAUUGAAAGAAGCGAAUGAAAACUUAUGCAUUCCCAUCCCCGACAGUUUAACCAAUGAUUGCCACAUGUAAUGGUUUCUAUACUACUCUCAUUAUACCUAUAACGUUAAUUUAUGUGAAUAAUAUCAUAAGAUGUGCUUAAUCAUUAUGUAUACAAACACAUAUACUUAUAUUAUUAUUCAUCGGAAAAAUGAAACUUUUUAAGAGAAUUGCUGAGCCAAUCAAAAAACAUCAUCAUGGGCAAGCCUAGUGAGUUUGGGGAAGAACCCCGGAAAGAAGAUUAGGGGACCUCAUCAAUGUUUAAAUGCUUCAAUUUAUUUGUUAAUUGUUUCCAAUAUCUAUGGCUGCUCGGUCUUUGUAUGCUACUACAUAUUAUGAGAAUUUAUGUAUUCAAACCACUAUAUAUUUCUCCUUCAGAAGAGCGCAUGCUCCUAGGAAGAUUAUUGUGAAGAGACAAUAAUCAUCAUUGUAAUCAGUCCCGACGAAUUUUUAUUUAAAAAGCUGGUAAGGGUCCGAACAACAACGGCAAUCGUGCGAAUGGCGCGUUUGCUUAAAAGUAUUACUAAACUGGGCCGUAUAUGUUAUGAUAAGGCACCUGGUUUAGCGGUAGAUUAAAUGUUUUUAAUAUAGAGAUCUAUAUAACACCUAAAUGUAUAAAAGAUGUGCUAUUAUUGUUAUUAAAUGUUUGAUGUUAAAUAUGUCUAUUAGUUGUGCAAUAAACGUAACCGAUUAGUUAACUA